AUCAGCUGAUAACAAAUUGAGCUUGUGUUGUUUUUUCUUUGAACAUCAGUGGAGUUUUGCGUAGAAAUCUAUUUCAGUAUUACGAUUGAAAUAAUAAGUAUUUUUCAGUGUGUUACAUUUUUUAAUUAUUAGUGCAAAAUUAACUAUGAAAGCCACUUCAAAAAUUCGAUAAGCAAAAAGUGGAGGAGUAAAAGGAUUAGUCGACAAACAUAUAAGCGUACGUGUGCUCGAAAUAAUUCAAAUAAUUCGUAUAAACAAGUGCCCAACAGCAUUGAAUCAGUGAUUAGAAUUUUCUUGAAAUGAUGCAUCUCAACUACUGCAACGCAACAAUUUUUUUACUGUUCCUAUUUUACCUGACAGCUGCCAGUCAGUCGACUACUCAAAAUGUACUAGAAGCAAAUGCAGUAGGAGACCAGUUGGAUAUGGCUACACGAAAUGCCGACAGCAACUUGUUUGUCAUGUGCCCGAACAUGAUUCGGUCUGUAUUUGAAAAUGCUGUUCCGAGAGAUGAGUCCAAAGCUGGAAAAUUUGAGUUGUACUCAACUAUUGGUGAUUCAGAUGAAGAUAGCAUGCAUGCCUGCCUAGCUGCAUGCUGUGAGAAGCAACGCAACAAUAGUUGUAAUGUUGUAUUUGUUUACAAGCGAAAAUGCUAUCACGUCCGUUGUUUCACCAACGAAGCGUGCGUUCCCAAAAAACGAGCAAACAUCAAAGAGAGACUGCAAAUGUUUUUAGUAAAUCCGGUACGACAACCUGACGCUGAUGAUGAAAAUGUAACCUGGCUGGAUUUUUUAAAAGGGGAAAAUGAGAAUAAUGUUAUGUUAUCAGCUGAAAAUUUGAGUCCUGCUACCACAAAUACACUAAGCUUUUGGAGAAUGCCACACAAAUUUCAUUAUCCCAUUAAAGAACAGGAUGUAUCCUCUUAUGAUGAUAGUGAAUUUCCUAUUUCUGAAAAGCACAUGAAACAAUUAUUUAUGUCUACAUUGGCUGACAACAAUAAUGUAUCACCAGAUGAGUUAGCUUUUUAUGAUACCAAACUACAACCAAAUACUAAUACAAAUACAAACUACAUUCCGUGUGACCUCGAAUUAGGUAGUGGCUGUCCAGUUAACGAAAAAUGUGUGCCUGUAUAUCCAGAUGUACCCACUGGGGUAUGUAAAUGUUCGCACGGGUUUUAUAGAAAUGAGCGGCAUGAAUGCGUUCUAAAAACUGUGGACUAUCAGUUAGAUGAAAACUCUCCUCGCUUACAUAUGACAAUGGCAGCGGCAAGUUCAAAUGUUUCUCCAACAAUUACUGAAUUUAGCAAAGAAGAUGCGAUAAAUAACGACGCAGAUUCAGCGAAGGAAGCUGAGAGAAAGAAACUUGUAGUAUCUGUUGUAUCAAAGCAGGUUCGACUACCUGAAAAGGAAGUGACUUUAGCCGCUUUUACCGUGCCAGAUGAAGAAACGGCUAAUACGAAAUACAACUAUUUAUGGACUCUAAUUAGCCAACCAAAAGGUCCGAUGAACGGUACAAUAUCUGAUCAAAGUAAAGCAAAAGUGCGACUUUCGAAUCUUUCUGAAGGAUUGUAUACAUUCCGUGUAACUGUUACCGGAGCUAACGAUACGUUUGGCGAAGCUACAGCCAAUGUAACGGUUUUACCAGAAGCACGUAUAAAUCGUGUACCACAAGCUAUAAUAAAGCCACCUUUCCAAAUAUUACAACAGCCUACCUCACAUACUGUACUUGAUGGUAGCAUUAGUACGGACGAUGACAAAAUUGUAAGUUGGCAGUGGGAAGUAGUAUCUGGUCCAAUCGGCUAUCAACCGAAAUUGCCCAACACAAGUACAUUGCAAUUAACCGACCUUACGUCACCUGGAAAUUAUACUUUUAAACUAACCGUAACGGACUCGGAUAAUGAGAAAAAUUCUACAACAGCCAAUAUUAUUAUGGUAAAAGCUACAGAUUAUCCACCAGUUGCAAACGCAGGUGAAGCAGUUAUAUUGUUCUUGCCUAACAACAAUGUCACACUUAAUGGCACUGCUAGUACUGACGAUCAUGAAAUUGUUGCUUGGGAAUGGACGAAGGAUGCGAGUGAUGAAACGAAAGCAGUUGACAUGCAAAAUACUAGAACUCCAUAUGUGCAGUUGUCCAAUUUAGAGGAAGGGAUGUAUACGUUUGUAUUAAAAGUUACAGAUGAAAGCGGUCAAUUUAGUACGGCGAAAGUGAAUGUUUUCGUGAAGCAACCUACAAAUUCUCCUCCCAUAUCUGUAGCAGGACAAAAUAAUACCAUCAAUUUACCACUAAAUUGGGCUCUACUAAAUGGAAGUCAAUCAACAGACGAUAUUCGAAUUGAGCGCUACAAUUGGAAACAAGUCUCUGGACCCAAUACCGCAGCUAUAAAAAAUUCCAACACUUCGAUCGCUAAUGCCACAUCACUUACUCUGGGUCUGUAUGAGUUUGAGUUAUUUGUAACAGAUGCAAGUAAUAAUACUGCAAGCGAUAAGGUUUGGGUUAAGGUAGUACAGGAAAAGAAUGCGCCACCUGUUGCGAACGCUGGUGGUGACAAAAGCGUCACUUUACCGAUUUCUGCACUGUAUUUAAAUGGGUCGAAAUCAUCGGACGAUCUGGCAAUCGUGAAGUAUGCGUGGUCUCGUGAUGAUUCUAGUCUUGCAGCAGGUGUUAUAGUGGGAGACACGAAUACAAAACCUGUUCUAAUUUUAACAAAUCUUGUGCAUGGACGUUAUGUUUUCAAAUUGACGGUUAGUGAUGAGCAGGGCUUAACUAAUACUGACACAAUCAGUGUCAUAGUGCACCCGGAUCCGAUGCUUAUGUACCUCGUUGAGUUGACAUUGCCAAUGAGCAUAUCCAACCUUGCUCAAUCUGAAUUGAAUUCAGUUGUGCAAAAAAUUGCAUUAUUACUAGGAGAUAUGAAAAUUCAUGUGCGAGAGCUGAAAUAUGAUUCGAGGGCUGAGACAUCAAUUUUAGUCAUUUACGUAGAGUCUGCUGCUGGUUCUGAUGGACAAACGAAUCCCGUAGAGGGGCUUGUAAUUGAACAAUUACUUAAGGAUAAACUGCAACGUGAUGUCUCCAUACUAGGCACAGUAUUUGCAGACGUAAGAACAACAGUUUGCCAAAACAAAUGCUCCGGUCAUGGCGUUUGCAACACAGUUACCCGUAAUUGCAUAUGCGAAGCAUUUUGGAUGUCUUCGUUUGGUUAUUACUGGGGUGUCAGUGAACCAAAUUGCGAUUGGUCUAUUCUAUAUGUGUUUGUUAGUGUCAUUAUGUGCUUCUUAUUGUUGUCAAUAAUAUUAUGGGGCAUUGUUUGUGCAUGCAAAAAGUCAAAACUAAAAUCCCGACCAAAAGCACGAUCACGUCCGAAAGUGCAAAAGUAUUCUCUGAUUGGUAAUCAGGAUGAAGAAGGUGGACAUUUUGGACGCGUUUCAUCCUUAACAGAUUCCGACACGGAUUCCGAUGUCCUUUUCGAGACACGCACAAAACCUAAUGGAAUUCUGCGUCUAAAUGGAAACAAAAAUAAGCACAAUAACGGUCAAAACAAAUACGCUAUCACCAAACUUGGAAGAAAAGUGAAAACAUAAUUUCUUUAACUAUUCUCUAACUUCAGUUGGAUGAAUGAUUGUAAAUGUUAUUUUCACAUUUAGAACCCAUCUUAGAUAGUUCUUAAAAACUAGUCUAAGAUAUUUAUUCAGUAUUUAUUUGUUAUGCUUUACUAUGUACUUAAUUUAAUCGCAAGAACUUUUGACUCACUUGGGGAAUAAUAAUGCCGUUGAUGAUCGCACUCUCAAAACAGAUUAGUCCAAUCAUCACAACAUCUUAGUUUUGCCUGUAGUUUCUUAUCUUCUGCCCUAAGCUUUGUUGUUGCACGUUUUAAAAUUUUAACUUUAACACAUUAUAAUGUAGAUGUGAUACGCUUAAACUCGUGCAUUGUCGAAAACAUUCCAAAAUUUAGUUCAGUGGGGUCAGUAAGUUCUUGGCUCCCGAAGAAAAACUUUUUUGAAAAAAGUUUUAAACGAAUUUGUAAACAAAAAAAAAAGGUUGCCAAACUGCAAACUGAAAUAAAAGCGGCAUUUUCAAUUGUAGAUAUUUUGUUAUUUUGAAGAACCUAGUUUUGACAUUAUUUGUCACAAUUUCCUAUAAAAGAUUGCAAAAAUGUUCCCCAGCAGUCUAGGGCAAACUUCGCUCUAUCUAUCUAUUUAUAAACAACACUUGUGUAUUAUUUUUGUGCUCUCUUGAAUUGAAGUCUAUAGGUCGAGCCAGUUCCGGAAAACAAGCGUUCUCUCCGCAAACACAGGUUUCGACUGAAUUUCAUUUUUAUACUUAAGAUUUAAUGGAAAUAUGAUUUGUAUAUAAAUUAGUUAUUAGGAGUGUUUGUAUAUACUUUGUGUGUGUAUGUGUGUUACCUAUAUGUGUUUAUGUGUAACUAUUUAUAUGUUCUAUGAUGUCAGAUAAAACAAAAAAAACUUAUUAAAAACA